AUGGACGUACUGUUUGCAAAGAACACGGGUUGCGUGGACAGUAGCAUUGCCGGGAAAAAAGGCGAAGUAGGCCGUCAGUACACAACCACAACAACCUUUCCGGUCGUUCUUAGUCGGCUCAAACGUGCUUUCAACAACUUGUCUGAGUCUACCAUCCGAGGCUGCAUGAACGCGGCUGAAGAAAAAGUGUAUCAACUUCACACACAUCUACAGGCCGUUGAAAGCAAUACUGAAACUUGCGACUCAUCAGACUACGACAGUGAAAGUACUGCAAAGGACGACUAG